AGGAGAAACGACCCCUGAGCGACAGCACCCGCCACUCCACCGAGAAUCUAUCCUCCCCCAAGACUAAACAAGGGAGGCAAAGAGACCUUCCGUUGCAAAAAAAAAAAAGCCAGCUCGACCCGGAAACAAAACCUUUUAAAAACGCACUCUCUCAGAGGCGGGAGGAAUUGACGCUUGCGGAGGAACCGGCAGCUUCACCGUUGCUAGGCGACAGGGAAGGCUCACCUGAACGCUCUCGGAACCGAGACAGAGUGGAGCUGCGUCCCCACGCCUGAAGCAGGUACAGUCUUGAAAAGCACUAGGAAGUCCACAUCUGAAGUUUAGGAGGGUGGGUGCCUGCAUCCGGCUGCUGGUGGAGGUUAUGGUUCUCCGUGCAGCCAUGUCCUUAUGCAGCGUCCUUUUUGUCUUCCUAAGAUGCCUAAGAUUGGAACAGUGUAAAACUUUUGACAGUGCUUCAAAGUGUUAAAGAUGGGGAAGGGGAAAGAAAGUCCUGUGUUGAGUGGCAGUUUUGUAUGAUACGGUCAUUAUGGAUGCUACCGCAGCAAAACAUGUUAGUAUCAUGGUACUAUUAUUUGUAAGACACACGCUAGAAAUACGUUGCUGUUUAGUAAGGGAAUAAUCAAGUCAGUUAUGGAACAUGAGUAUCCUUCCUGGGCUAUUCAGUGAAAAGCAGCAAAAUGUAUGCACAGAAAAAUCUUGCUUUAAAAGAUAUGAAAGGCGCCAGGCAUGAGUGUGCAUACGUGAAUACGCCAAGGGAUUCUGAAAGGACGCAUGGCCACUAUGCUCAGGCUCCUCUCGGAGGGGCUUCAUGUUUGCAUCAGAUGCUUUUACUUUGUUUGCUUUAGAACAGUCAGCACUGGAGGUGGUUUCUUCAGGUUCCCUCUCUCCACUGUUGGGCAUUUAGGCUAAUGUCAUCCCCACCAGGUCCUGGGAGCUUCCCACAUCCUUGGUGUCUGGGACUUUCUAGUUUUGCCCCUUUGCCCCAGCCCACACUGCUCCGCAUUUCUACUCAUUGUCCUGGCCCUCUGGGAUUCUCUGCUGUCUCUUCCCCUAUCUGAUCCUGCCCCCUCCUUUUCCCUGUCUCUCCCCUCUUCCACCCAAAUCCCCCCAUCCCCCAUCUGCUUCCCAUGAUUAUUUUGUUCCCUUUUCUAAAUGGGAUUGAAGCAUCCACACUUAGGCUUCCUUCUUGUUAAUUGUCAUGUGGUCUGUGAGUUGUAUCAUUGGUGUUCUGAACUUUUUGGCUAAUAUCCAUUUAUCAGUAAGUUCAUACCAUGCAUGUCCUUUUGGGUCUGGGUUACCUCACUCAGGAUGAUAUUUUCCACUUCUAUUCAUUUGCCUGCAAGAUUUGUGAUGUCCUCAUAUUUAAUAGCUGAGUAGUAUUCAUUGUGUAAAUGUACCAUAUUUUCUGUACCCAUUCUUCAGUUGAGGGACAUCUGGGUUGUUUCCAGCUUCUGGCUAUUACAAAUAAGGCUGCUAUGAACAGAGUGGAGCACGUGUCUUUGUGAUAUAGUGGAACAUCUUUUGGGUAUAUGCCCAGGAGUGGUAUAGCUGCGUCUUCAGGUAGAACUUAUUUCCAAUUUUCUGAAGAAUCGCCAGACUGAUUUCCAGAGUGGUUGUUGUACCAGCUUGCAAUCUCACCAACAAUGGAGGAGUGUUCCUCUUUCUCCACAUUGUCACCAGCAUUUUGAUUAGUGUUAGGUGGAAUCUCAGAAUUGCUCCUGACUAAAGGAAAUGCAGGGACAAAAAAUGCAGCAGAGACUGAAGGAAAGGCCAUCCAGAUGUACAGACAUCAAAUCCAAAUCCCAAUAUUAUUGCUGAUGUCAAGAUGUGCUUGCAGACAGGAGCCUGGCAUGGGUGUCCUCUUAAUGGCUCUACCAGCACCUGACUGAGACAGAUGCAGAUACUUGGAGCCAAUCAUUGGACUGAGCACAGAGAUCACAUGGAAGAGUUAGGGGAAGGACUGAAGGAACUGAAGGGGAUUGAAAUCCCAUAGAAAGAACAACAGUGUCAACUAACCAGACCCCUCAGAGCUUAAGCCACCAACCAAAGAGAAUACAAAGGCUGGUCCUUAGUCCUCCACUACAUAUGUAGUUCAGGACUACCUUGUCUGGCCUCAGUUGGGGCGGGGAGCUUGAUGCCCCAGAGAAGGGGGUUGCUAGAGGGUGAGGUGGGAAUGGGUAGGUGGGGGAGCACCCUCUUAGAGGCAAGGGGAAGAGGUAUUGGGUGGGGUGUUCAUGGAGGCGGGACCUGGAAGGAGGACAACAUUUGAAAUGUAAAUAAAUAAAAUAAUUAAUUUAAAAAAAGAAAGAAGAGGGCUGGAGAGAUGGCUCAGCGGUUAAGAGCACCCGACUGCUCUUCCAGAGGUCAUGAGUUCAAAUCCCAGCAACCACAUGGUGGCUCACAACCAUCUGUAAUGGGAUCUGAUGUCCUCUUCUGGUGUAUCUGAAGACAGCUACAGUGUACUUACAUAUAAUAAAUGAAUAAAUAAAAAAAAUUAAAAAAAAGAAAGAAGAAAGAAAAUUAUUUUCUUUUCAACAUUUUAUGAGUCAGAGAAAGGAAUUUUAAGGGGUACUUGGAAAAUACUACAUUGGCCUUUUUGGUAACUUGCAUGCCUAUUUUAGACUUGCUUUAAGACAAUUCCUCAUGUUAAAUUAUUUGCAUUUGUUGGAUAAAAGUUCCAGGAAAAUUGCUUAAUAAUAGCAUAUGAGGAACCAUUAUACUUGUUUUUGUAGGUGACUUUAUGUGUUUGUGGUUCUCUCCCUUUGGCUUCGUUGUGAGAUGCUUAAUAUCUUCUCUUUUCUUUGGUGUAGGUACCUUCCUUGUAUUGGAGGCAUAGUAGCCUGGGCUGGCAUUUGUGUUCUCUUAGAGUCUGCAUGACCUCUGACCAGGCUCUUCUGGUUUUCAUAGUCUCUAGUGAGAAGUCUGGUGUAAUUCUGAUAGGUCUGCCUUUAUAUGGUACUUGUCCCUCUUUGCUUGCAGCUUUUAAUAUUCUUUCUUUGUUCUGUGCAUUUAGUGUUUUGAUUAUUAUGUGAUGGGAGGAAUUUCUUUUCUGGUCCCAUUUGUUUGGUGUUCUUGUACCUUUAUGGCCAUCUCUGUCUUUUGGUUGGGGAAGUUUUCUUCUAUGAUUUUGUUGAAGACAUUUUCAGGUCCUUUGAGCUGGGAAUUUUCAUUCUCCUCUAUUCCAGUUAUUCUUAGAUUUGGUCUUUUCAUUGUGUUCUGAAUUUCCCAGAUGUUUUGGGCUAGGAGCUUUUCAUGUUUUGAAUUUUCUUUGAAAGUUGUGUCAAUCUCUUCUACAGUAUCUUCUAUACCUGAGAUUCUCUUUUCUAUCUCUUCUUGUAUUCUGUUGGUGAUACUUACACAUCUGUAAUUCCUGACCUCUUUCUUAGGUUUUCCAUUUCCAGGUGUGUACUAAAUCUAAAGUUUCAGAGCUAAAAGCAUUUGUGAUUUUGUGCCUGUGUGCAUCCAUGUGGAGUCCAGAAGCCAACCUUAAGAGCUGUCCAUCUUGUUUUCUGAGACAAGGUCUCCCUGGGACCUGGGGCACAGCAAUUACAAUAUACUGAUUGGUCAGGAAGCCUCAGAGAUCUGCCUGUGUUACCCUCCCCAGAUACUGUGUGUCAGCAUUUUAUGUGGGUUCUGAGGAUUUAACUCAGACUCAUGCUUGUAGGGUAAACAUCUCACUAACUGAGCCCCAAGUGUUUAUUACCUUUUGACCCUUACGGGAUACUCAUUAUUAAGCAGAUAUGCCUUUACCAUUUAAGUUAGUUUUCCAAAAUGAUCUGGAGCUUUCUAUGCUAUACUAAUUUUAUGUAACUUUGACAGAGCACCGAUAGAAAUAGCUUGAAGGAUGAAGGAUUUAUUUGGCUUACAACUUGAGGAGCUCUAGGUCCAUCAUGCCAGAAAAAAGCAUGGUAGUCAGCAGGUUCCAACCAUGGCUCUGAGAACCUGGAUACAGGUUGCUCACAUUUUGGUGGAUUAGGAAGUAAAGAGCUCUUGACAAGAAUUGGAGGCAGGUACAACUUUAAAGUUCUACUAAUGUGGCCUGUCCACCAGCUAGGCCUUGAAGCUUUAUACCUUCCUUUAAAAGGGUCCACUUGUUGAGGAGCAUCUGUUUUACAGCACACGAGUCUGUGAGAAACAUUCUGCAUUCUGUGCAUGCUGUAGGACACCUUUAACACAGGAAGCAUCUAGAUAUGCCUAAAAUAAUACUUUGAAGCAUUAGAAGGGAAAUAUCACUAAGGCAGCUAGUUCAUUAUUUGAUAACUGAUGCUUGAAUAAAAUUAAAGGAUAAAAUUCUCACAUUAUAGGUAGUUAGUUAUGUAAUGCUCAUUUAUAAGGCUCAGCCCUUUUCAUCUUCAAAGCAUUAUACAACGUUAAUUAGUGCUUACACCAUCCUUGCCCAUGUAGGUCAAUAUCAUUACCCCUGUUUGUGCAUGUGGGGAAAUGGAGGCAGAGAGGGUAAGGGAUUUGGGUACAUUUAUCACAGUAGGAUUAGAAUAAAGGCAUUUUUGGCUCAGAGCCCAGAAGUCAGAACAGUGGAGCCACACCCUUUUGUAGCAGGUUUAAUUUCUGUGCUCCUGAUAAAACAUGAUUUCUUAUUAAAUCAUGUUGAGAUCAUCUCUGCAUUUAAAUUCAGAGCUAACAAGUUUGAUCACAGUAUAACCCUCCACAUGCCUUACUUCUAUAACAUUCCUGAGUCACUAUUAAUUAAAUUAGUUUUUUCCAUGAUCAUCUUGUAAGAUAAUUGUUCAAAUAUUUAUCUCCAUGUUUUUCAUCUGGAAUUUCGCUCAGUGACUUUCAUUUGCAGUUUGUAAAUUUUGAAUAGUGUUUAUAAUUCUGGUUUUUUUUUUUUUCCUAGCCAGACAGACAUGCAUACCUAGAUGGUUCUUUCUCAAUCUCGAAUUGGGUCUAGAAUCCCACUUUUGUUCUAACACAGGCAAAUCUCACUCCUCUUAAAACCACCAUUGCUGUGGGUCUUUUGGUCCAGCUCCUGCUUGUUAGAUAAGCAGUCAAAAGAGCUGGCUUCAGAAGAUGGGAACUGCAGAACUAACUACUUUGGCAGAUGACAAGUAUUUUGCAACUUAGACAGAGAUUUCCUCCGCUGUCAGAUGUCUUUCUGCUUGACUGAACUGCACCUGUGGUCUCUGAAAAGCACCUUACACAUUGCGGAUAGAGACAUCGGCGUCUACCAGUACUAUGACAAGAAAGAUCUACCAGUAUCAGCAGCAGAGCAUGGUAACUUAGAAGAAAAACAAAGGCUGGCAGAAUCACGAGAUUAUCCUUGGACACUCAAAAAUAGACGCCCAGAAAAACUUCGAGAUUCACUGAAAGAGUUGGAGGAACUGAUGCAGAACAGUCAGUGUGUGCUGUGCCAAUGGAAGAGCAAACACAUCUGUCAGCUCCUCUUUGGUUCAGGUGUGCUGGUGUCCCUAAGCCUUUCUGGGCCUCAGCUGGAGAAAGUGGUGAUUGACAGGAGCCUGGUGGGGAAGCUCAUCUCAGACACCAUCAGUGAUGCUCUCCUUACAGACAGUUUCAUCAUCUUAUCAUUUCUGGCACAAAACAAAUUAUGUUUUAUUCAAUUUGCAAAGAAGAUGGAUUCUCUUGAUGUAAACAAGAGGUUGGAAAAGCUCUCAGCCUUGGAUUAUAAGAUUUCCUACCAUGACAUACCUGGCCCAGCCACCAGGACAGUAGAUCGUCACUUAGCCAUCAACUCCACUCAGGAUCUAGCUGUUUGCUGGUGGCCUCUGCUCAGCGAUGAUGCUUGGCCUUGGACUCCGAUCGCUUCUGAGAAGGACAGAGCCAAUAUGCUGCUCCUGGGCUUUACUCAAGGAGGAUUGGAGGUCCUGAGCUCUGUUCGCACAGAAUGGAAUCCUCUGGAUGUUCACUUUGGCACCAGACAACCUUAUCAGGUGUUCACAGUGGAGUGCUCCUUCAGUGUAGACCAGGAGCCCAUGGCUGACAGCUGUAUCUACGAGUCUGUCCGGAACAAACUCCAUUGCGUGUCAGUUACUAGAAUACCACUAAGGUCGAAGGCCAUCAGCUGCUGUAAGAAUUCUACGGAAGACAAACUGAUUGUGGGCUGUGAAGACUCGUCCGUAAUUCUCUAUGAAGCUCACCGUGGAGUGACUCUCUUGGCCCAGGCUGAACUUAUGCCUUCAUUAAUAAGCUGCCACCCAAGUGGUGCCAUUCUGCUGGUUGGCAGCAACCAAGGGGAAUUACAAGUUUUUGACAUUGCUCUGUCCCCUAUCAACAUCCAGCUCUUGGCAGAAGAUUGCUUACCAAAGGAGACUCUGCAAUUCAAUAAAUUCUUUGAUUUUUCCAGCAGUCUUGUUCAUAUGCAGUGGAUAGCUCCUCCCAUUGUUUUCCAGAAGCCUAAGAGAGGAGAAAUCUGUGAUCUCCUCUUCCUCAGGUUCAACAGAGGACCUUUGGGUGUGCUGUUGUUUAAACUUGGUGUCCUCAGGCGAGGGCAGCUGGGCCUGGUGGACCUUAUCUUCCAGUACAUUCACUGUGAUGAGGUGUACGAGGCCGUCAGCGUUCUGAGCAGCAUGAACUGGGACACCCUGGGGCAGCAGUGCUUCAUCAGCAUGAGCACCAUUGUGAACCAUCUUCUCAGACAGAGGCUCACUCCGGAGAGGGAAGUGUUGGAAGCAGAAAUAUUAGAGGGAUCUAGCUGUGAACUGCAGUACGUUCAUACAUACUCAUGUUCUCACCGUAAGCUUACGUUCCAUCCAAGUUUGGAGAACCUGACUGACUACACACGAGAUUCUGUUUCAGUGCUGCUAUGCUUGAAUUCCACAGCACAGCUUGAGGCAAGCCUUGGAACCUUCUAUGCUCCAGCGAGACCGCUUCUGGAUACAACUGUUCUGGCAUACAGAGACCCGGUUGGCACGUACGCCAGGAGGCUCUUCCACCACUUGCUCAGGUACCAGAGAUUUGAAAAGGCCUUUCUUCUAGCGGUUGACAUUGGAGCUCGUGACCUGUUCAUGGAUAUUCAUUACCUUGCCCUGGAUAUGGGUGAGCUGGCACUGGCUGAAGUGGCAAGAAGAAGGGCAGAUGACAUUGAUGUCGAGUCAGUGUGCUCUGGAGUCGAACUCCUGGGACCCUUGGACAGAAGAGACAUGCUGAAUGAAGGUUUUGCCGGCUCAGCUUUAACACCUGAAGGAGGAAACCCAUUUCCAGACCUUCUUCCUUCCAGUGGUUCAACACCCAAGCAUACUAUUCAACAGAAAAUACCAAAUGGCCCUUCAAACAGACGGGCAAUUGAAAGAAAGAAUGAGGUGAUGGAGGAGACAGAGGAGGAAGAGGAGGAGGAGGAGGAGGCAGCGGCCUGCACUGACUCUUCAGUGGCUACCACCUGGGAUGCAGAAGGAGAACUGAGGGAAGACCACAGGAGACAGGACACUGAAGAUGUUGGUUCUCUCAGAAUGGUUCACUUUGGUUUGGUGUAAUGAUUAGAAACACCAAAAAGAAAGCUGUCCUUUUUAUAUCUUUUCUAUUGACCUUAUCAACAAAAGUCUUCACGCAUGGACUGUAGUAGAAGGAAAGCUAGUGCAUGCAGCACAGCGUAACAUAGCUAAGCAGCCCUCAGUAAAAGUUCCUAAACAAU